CACACUAAACCAUCAUGGCGAUCUGAGAGAAAAAUCUGUGGAAAAUCUUGUAAAUAAUCAUCAAAAUUGUAAUUCUUGCGAAUGCAAAUGCAAUAUCGCGAAACGUGAGUUUGAAACAAACGCUGCGCGAAAUGCGAGGCGGCCGCUCCGCUCCUGCCCAGUAACAAGUACCUCGCGUGUGUGUCUGCGGCGGCAAAAAACCCAAAUGUAUAAAAAUAUAUAACAAAAUCCAACUCCCCCAAGACUGUGCAAAGACACAGCAGCUCCAGCAGAUGCUCGGCGAUAAACUAAAAUAGUGAAGCGCAAGCAAAAAAAACUGCGGCGGAAGAGCAGAAACGCGAAACGCACAAAGGUGUGUGUGUGUGUGUGCAAAAACAACGAACAACAAUAACAAAAAGAAGGCGAGCGGAGAGGAGCGUGGGAGUGGAUUAACUCGCCCGAGGAGCGUGCGGAGCACACAGGACUGCAAAGUGGCGUCGCUACUGGAUAUCAGGGCUGGGGCAGCAGCGGCGUCCAUGUCCAAGGGGCACCCAGGGCGGCACACCAAGAAGCACAAUCGCACCACAGCCACGAGAGCGCAGCAGCAGCAGCAGCCGGUGUGGUGUCGUCAACUGUGGCCUUAAGCAUGUAGUCUUGCAGCACAGAACCCGUUCUCUAACAAGCACAAGACACAGGGACAAGGUACCACUCGAGGAAUAAACUCACACAAAACCAACUCAACACCAAUGAAAAAUGUCACAAAGAGGUAAGCGUGGUAAUCAGCAUCACCACCAGUCGCACCAUCCGCCGCCGCAGCAGCAGCAGCGUAAGGAUGUUGAGCCCCAGCCGCCGCCCACCAAGCGGCGCAAAGGCAGGCCGCCCAAUGGAGCAAACACGGCAGCAGUGGCUGCCGCUGCCGCCGCCGCUGCAGCAGCACCCUCCACAGCGUGUGAAACAACGGGCGCUGGCUUAGAGAGGGUUCUAGGUCUACCUCUGAGCAGUAACAGCAAUAAGCAUGGAGAGCAACAGGGGGAGCGGGACCGGGAGACGGGGCCCGAGAUGGCCGGAGGAAGCGAGGGAGGAAGAGCCGUCGCCAGCAAAUCCAAGUCAACGAAGCUGGCAAGCAAGUCGGCGAGCAAGUCGUGCAAGUCGCAGGGUGCGAGUACGAGCAGCUCGUCGUGGCAGGCGAGGUCUGUGGCGGACAUCAAGAUGUCGAGCAUAUACAAUCGCAGCUCAACAGAAGCCCCAGCUGAACUCUAUCGCAAGGAUCUCAUUAGCGCAAUGAAAUUGCCAGACUCUGAGCCGUUGGCCAACUACGAGUAUUUAAUAGUGACGGACCAGUGGAAGCAGGAGUGGGAGAAGGGCGUCCAGGUGCCCGUCAAUCCCGACUCUCUCCCCGAGCCCUGCGUCUACGUUCUGUCCGAGCCUAUUGUGUCGCCAGCACACGACUUUAAGCUUCCGAAGAAUCGCUAUCUGCGCAUUACCAAAGACGAGCACUACACGCCGGAGCUGCACUACCUGACGAAUGUCGUGGCCCUGGCGGAGAACACGUGUGCCUAUGACAUAGAUCCCAUUGACGAGGCCUGGCUGCGCCUCUACAACGGCGAUCGUGCCCAAUGCGGUGCUUUUCCCAUUAACGAGACGCAGUUCGAGCGGGUCAUCGAGGAGCUGGAGGUUCGUUGCUGGGAACAGAUACAAGUCAUACUUAAGCAGGAGGAGGGCUUGGGCAUUGAGUUUGAUGAGAAUGUCAUCUGCGAUGUCUGCCGCUCGCCCGACUCCGAGGAGGCCAACGAAAUGGUAUUCUGUGAUAAUUGCAAUAUCUGCGUGCACCAGGCCUGUUACGGCAUAACGGCAAUUCCAUCAGGACAAUGGCUAUGUCGGACCUGUUCUAUGGGCAUCAAGCCGGACUGCGUGCUCUGUCCCAACAAGGGCGGCGCCAUGAAGUCCAACAAGUCGGGCAAGCACUGGGCUCACGUCUCCUGCGCCCUCUGGAUCCCCGAGGUUAGCAUCGGGUGCGUGGAUCGCAUGGAGCCCAUUACGAAAAUCUCGAGCAUUCCCCAAUCGCGCUGGUCUCUUAUCUGCGUUCUUUGCCGGAAGCGGGUGGGUAGCUGCAUCCAGUGCUCGGUGAAGCCCUGCAAGACAGCCUACCACGUGACCUGUGCGUUCCAGCACGGCCUGGAGAUGCGUGCCAUCAUCGAGGAGGGCAAUGCCGAGGACGGGGUCAAGCUGCGCUCCUAUUGCCAGAAGCACAGCAUGAGCAAGGGCAAAAAGGAGAGUGCCGGCCAUGGAGGCAGUGCCUCAGUGGCCAGUGCCAUGCACAAGGCGAACAAAUACGGCAGCGGCAUGAGCAAAGCCGAUGAUGGUCAUCAUGCCUCGGGCUUAGCAGGCCUCGAGGAUCCGCGCAGGCGGAAAAAUCACCGCAAGAACGACAGCAUGACCUCCGAGGAACGCAACCAGGCCAGGGCCCAGCGGCUGCAGGAGGUGGAGGCCGAGUUCGAUAAGCACGUGAACAUCAACGACAUCAGCUGCCACCUGUUCGAUGUCGACGACGACGCCAUUAUUGCCAUCUACAACUACUGGAAGCUCAAGCGCAAGUCGCGACACAACCGCGAGCUGAUCCCGCCCAAGUCCGAGGACGUGGAGAUGAUUGCCCGCAAGCAGGAGCAGCAGGACCUGGAGAACCACAAGCUGGUGGUCCAUCUGCGCCAGGACCUGGAGCGAGUGCGCAACCUCUGCUACAUGGUCAGUCGCAGGGAGAAGCUGUCGCGCUCCCUGUUUAAACUGCGCGAGCAGGUCUUCUACAAGCAGCUGGGCGUGCUCGACGAGAUGCGGCUGGAGAGGCAGCAGCAGCAACAGCUGCAGCCCAAGCCAGACGAGAGGCAGCGCCCCGCCAUGGAUCUGGAGGCCGUGAUCUACGCGAACGAUGGACCCACUUUGUACGAUCGCUUCUACAGCUCGGCUGGAGGACAAACUGUGCCGGCGCAGUACAAGGACUUGAAGUACAUCCUCGAGCAGCUGAUGGGUAAGCUACAGGGUAACAAGCAGGCUCGUGGUCGAGCAUCCCAGUCGCCCACCAAACGCAAGCAGCAGCAGCAGGUGGCCAAGGGGUCGCCCAGCAAGAAGCUCAACAAUGGCGCCCUCAGCUCCUCGCGCACCUCCUCACCCGAGAAGCCAGCCACAACGACGGUAGCGGGGAGAGGCAUCCCCUCUGCCGCUAAGGUGCGGGGCUCGCCGCCCGGGAAGCUGCCUUCGGGGAGGCGUGCCUCGAAGAGCGAGGCGGCGACGGCGACGUCGACCCAGAACAGAAUCAAUCAAGCGCUGGUCCGCCCCCGAAGCAGCGGAGCGUCCUCCCAUUCGUCAAGCGGCAGUUCAUCAUCGGGUGAUACCAGCUCGGCGAACGGCAGUAGCAGCUCCGACAGCUCCUCUGGCAGUGAGUCGGGAAGCGAUAGCAGCUCCAGCGCUGCCUCCAGGCGCAAGUCCUCCGCGGGAGCAAGUCCCCUCAAGAAGCAGAGCUACGCCCGGUCCGUGGAGCAGCGGCAAAAGCAGCGACAGCGGCGUCAAACUGAAGCAGCUGCGGGUGCGUCUGCAGCGUCUCCGGAUUCCAGGUCUGGCAGCAGCAGCUCCAGCGACGACGAAGACAACGACCGCCGGCGAAGACGGAAUGAGCCAGUCAACAGCAAACCAGUACCUAGCAGCACCAGCAGCAAGACCCUUAACGCCUCCAGCCAGCCCACUAAGUCAUCCAAGUCCAGUACCGAGGCAGCGGCGAGAAGGAAACUGUCCACAACAACAACAGCAGCAGCGGCCACACGGGGACUGGCCCAAAUGGACAGGGAUGCAGAGGAGAGCCUGUCGAGCGACGAAAGUGAAGAGCUGCUGCCUCUGAGGGGCACCGAGCGCCAGCCUGGCGGCCGGGCGUCCCUCACCAAUCGCAAGAUGGGUCAGCACAUAUACUCCGACUCGGAGAGCAGUUCCUCGGCCCAGGAAAAGGAUCCCGAUCGGGAGGAGCAGGCGGCGGUGGAGAGCAAUGUGAGUGACUCGCAGAACCAGCAGACGAUCAGGACUAAGGCGGCCAUGAAGGAGUUUGUGCCGGGCACAGCGGUGGCAACGUCAACUCCUCGCGUGCCCCCAGCCAAGGCCAAGUCCUCCGCUCGGGAAGCAAAGGAUGCCAAGGAAGUACCUCCUACCAGCGUAAAAUCCAAGACAAACUCAAAUGCCAAGCUGCCAUAUCCGGCAGACCUGCUGGUGGUGCCACAGCGGCAGGCGGCCAAGAAGGCCUCGGAGAACAUGCGUUCCACGAAUCUCGCCGCUGCACUCCUCCAGCCAGAGGUCAACGAGCGGGUGAGGGAGCCAGAAACGAACUCCACUGCAACCUCGGCCAGUGGCAAAAGCCAGAAGCCGAAGGAAUCGGGCUCCUCCUCCGCGGACAUUAAGACCAGUCUCGAAAAGGGUCGGCCCAAGGAGCAGCAGGUACAGAAGCAGGCGACCAAGGGAACGGACAGCGCGCCAGCAGAACGCGGCAAGCGGGGCAGACCACCCAAGGUGCCCAGAGAGGGGCCACCACAGCCUCCCAAAGAGAAGCCAACUCCCGCGCCCACCACUGAAGCAAAGCCUCCGGCCAGUCUGCCACCAUCAGCCGCCAAGUCCAACUUUGCCGUGUCGCUGGUUCCCCAGCGCCAAGCGGCCAAGAAGGCGGCCGAGCAGCUGAAGAGCAGCAAGCCGGUGCAGGAGGCCUUCCCCCCGACCACGAAUGAUGUGGAGAAGGAGAAGGAGCCGGCGGCAACUGGUGCUCUACCAACCACACCAGUCAAGCCGACCAGGAGGACCUCCUUGAAGGAACCCGCUUCUACCACGCCAAAGGAAACCAGCUCAGGGAAUAGAAGAAGGUCCAAGGAGGAUGUGCUGGUGACGCCAGUUAAGGCUACGCCUGCAGCGGCCACGCAAGUCAAGCGUCGCGUGGCUGCUCCCAAUCUCUCAAGCUCCAGUUCCGGCGACAGCGACAGUUCCAGUUCCUCCAGCAGCUCAGGCAGCAGUGGCUCCAGUGGCAGUGGCAGCGACUCCGAUAGCGAAUCCCAGGCCAGCGAUGCUGAGAAGCCAUCUCAGGCCACGUCUGUGCCGGUGCCAGUAGCUUUGCCCGUGUCUGUGCCUGAUCCCUUCAAUGUGCCAAAGCGUUCACCUCGCAAGUCUGUGGACAAACCUCCAGCUCCGCAACCGCCUCCACCCACGCUUCCAGCCCCUCGAACGCGUCAGAACUCCACCACGACGAAAUCGCCAAAGAGAGCAACGCAGAAGCCAGCUUCCGAGGAUGUAUCCCCCACCAAGGUUCCACCGCAACUGCAGCGUCAAGGUCGCCCAGCUUCCUUGGAUGAGAGCGCUGCCAAGCAGCAAUCGGAACAGGCCACCAAGCGGGCAACGCGUGGCUCAAAAUCUCGCCCGCCCUCGCCCACAGCCAAGUCUUCGCCGGAGAAGACACCUUCCUCCUCCUCGCGUCGCAAAUCCCGAGCGGAUGAAUCGUCCUCGCCCAAGAAGCUACCGAACCUGGAGCACGAGAUUAACCAAAGGAAGGCGGCCAGCGGCAAGGCGACCAGUGCACUGGACAAGCUUCUCAACAAGAAGCAGCAGCAGAUGAACCAUUCCGCGCCCCCCAAGUCUCCCACGCCGCCAAGACCAACCCAGAAGGGUCAAGAGCAGGAGCAGGAGCGGGAGCACGAGCCAGCCACCGCCAAUCGCCUGCCUGACCUAGAAUCAAAGGCGCCUCAGCCUGAACCUGACCCAGAGCCAGAGGUUGCUACUGAGGCUGGAGAACUGCCCAUGGACAUCGAUGAGGAACUGACCAUAGUGCCCACGCAUACCCAACUCUCGGCCAGCGCCAGCAAGUUGGCCGACAUCAUCGAUGACGAGCGUCCGCCAGCUGCUCCGCUGCCUGCCUCACCGACUCCCACGCCCACCUCGAAUGACGACGAAAUGUCCGAUGCUGGUAGCGAUCUCAGCGAGCGCCGGCGCAUUCGCUGGCGCUCCAGGCGGCGGAGGAGGCGGCGUAGCAACGAGCUGGACGAGGAGCACACGCAUCACACCCAGCACCUGCUCAACGAGAUGGAAAUGGCUCGCGAGCUGGAGGAGGAGCGCAAGAACGAGCUCCUGGCGAAUGCCAGCAAGUAUUCCGCGUCCACAUCCUCGCCAGCAGUCACGGUUAUUCCACCCGAUCCGCCGGAGAUCAUAGAACUGGACUCGAACUCGGCCAACUCAGGCGGGGAUCAGCAGCAGCAGCAGCAGCAGCAGCAGCAGGUGCAAGUGCAGCCGGUGCCAGUGCAGGAUCAGUCCUUGCCUCCGCCUCUGCUUGUGCAUUCCCCAGCAAACGAGGCAGCCACGGCAUCCAUCCAGCAGCAGCAGCAGUUGCUGCCGCCGCACCAUGCCGCGCCCAUAAUCGAUCACCUUGGUCCACCUGGCUCCGGCCGUUGCGUCCUGGAGCCCAUUGUGGACACCAUACUCGAGAUGGAGGACAGCAAGUUCGCCAACAACUUCGCCUCGAGCCUGGCCAGCGUUCUGAAUCCCCCCAAUCCGGGUCACAUGGGUCUCCUCGGUGCCGGCAUGGACAGUGGCAGGGGUGGCAAGGAUAUCUGCGAGGAGGACAGCACGCAGGCAACACGAAACCUGUUGGAGAAACUGCGCAAGACAAAGCGCAAACAGCAGGAUGACUGCUGUUCCAAGGAGGCUGUGGACCUGUUGCCCCCAACACCACAGAUCCCCUCGGUGUUUCCCUUUCACAAUGCUGCUGAUCCGGAGGAUAUCAUACACGCCCAGAAGGAGCAGCAGCAGCAGCAGCAGCAACUACAACAGCAGCAGCAGCAGUCGCAGGCUCAGGCUCAGGCCUGUCUUUAUGGCAAUUCAUCUGGACCCAACUCGGUGGCCUCGCUGACCAUCAAGGACUCGCCCAUGACGGCCAACAGUGGCAGCUAUGCCAACAGCUUGACCAACACACCCAAUGCCACGCCCACCAACAAUGCCAACAAUCUGGGGGCAACAGGUGGCGGCAACUUCCAGGUGAACUUUGGCAAUGCCCAGCAGGCGCCUUCGUUGAGCCUCUUCCUGGACAAGUCGCCCUUGCAGAAGGGAGCCUGUCCGCUGUCCAGCAAUGGCGGUGGUGGUGCAGGUGCUGGACCACCUGGAGCCACGCCCGACUUUGUAGACCUUGCGGCGGCGGCGGCAGGAAAGAACACGCUGGGAAGUUACCGUGGAGCAGCGGCUGUGCCCACGCAAUCAGGGCAAUCGGGAACGGGUGGAGGCAGCGCUGGUGGUCAAAACAACAACAAGAUGACCGACUACGAUGAGAAUACGCGCAUGCAGUCGCCGUUUGGCAGGAUUCCGUGGAACGAGAACGAUCUGAUUGCGGAGCGGAGAAGCAGCUCGCCGAGCUCAGUGUCCGAGUCGAAUGAUCCUCCUCCGCCGCCGGCGGCAGUUGCAGCUGCGGCGGCAUCGGCGGCCCGCACCCUCGCCCAGCUGGAGACCUGCAAGAACUUCUUCAACAACUAUCCCAGUGGCAAUGGCGGACCGCCAGCCAAUGCACCGAACGCGGGGCCGCCCUUCAACCAUGCGCCGCUGGUGAAUGGUAUCGAUGCCAUGCCCAUGUUCAAUCCAACGCCUACCCAGCAACAGCAGACGACGCCAACGCACCAGCAGCAGCAGAGAACGCCCAAUAGCCAGUACAACGGUGGCAUCUAUCCCCAGCUGGCGGCCAUGAUGCAUCCGCAUCCGCAGUCAACGCCAACGGAGUCGUCGCCCAGCCUGUAUGGCAAUGGUAAUGUUGGAGGAGUCGUCGGAGUAGGUCCUUCGCCUCAGGCCGCCACUCAGUACUCGGGCACGCCCUACUCCACGCCCAGUCUGGGCAUGCUGCCCGUGCCACAGACUGCAUUGCCACCCGUGCCCGUACCCGUUCCCGUUCAGACAACGCCAAAUCAUCAUCAGCAGCAGCAGCAGCUCGCCAUGACUUCGUCCCCGGUGGAUGUGGCCGGCAAAAUGCCUUCGUAUCCUGGCCAGCUACUAAGCAGCUGUGCUGAGGCAGCCGCCUCGAUGAUGCCACCAACCCCGCCAGUCCAAGUGCCUGUGCCAGUCGCUGCUCCAAAAGAUUCGCCCAGCAAGAGGAGCUGCAGCAUCAGUGGAGGCUCAGCCAAGAAACAGUCGCACAAGUCCCCACAAUUGCCGCAGGGAAAAUCACCAGGAAAGUCGCCCAGGCAGCCUCUGCAACCACCCACACCGCCAGCACCGCCUCCGGUGGUGACCUUACCACCAACCAAGUACGACCCGCAGACACACACGCUGCAGGGGAAGCCCAGGCAGCGGGCCCCGCGAGGAAGCGGUGGUGCAGGUGGCCAGGGAAGAGGUAGAGGCAGGGGACGAGGACGUGGUCGAGGAGCUAGUACGGGAGGCAGUGGCAUGGCCAUGUCCCUGCAGCAGCAGCAGAUGGCAGACUACGGCAGCAACACCCACAUUGUCAACAAUCUGGUGGGAACGCCCUUUGAGUUCAACAACUAUGACGACGACAUGGCCGGCCCGGUGGUUGAGAAUCUGCAGUCUCUGCGGGACCGACGCAGGAGCUUCGAGCUGCGCACGGCACGGGGACAGGCCAAGCAGCAGGUGCCGCCGCCUCCUCCAGCAACGACAACGCCAAAUGCCGCGGCCAGCGCUGCCACAAAUCCGCUGCUUCAUCCCGUACUCCCGGGACCAGUGGACAUGAGGACCUACAAUCUCGGCUUCGAGGCGCCGCACAGCACGGCCUCCCAGGAGGCCUAUCAAAACAACCUGUUGGGCGCCUUCGACUCUGGCACCGCCGAUCAGAUGCUCAGCGAGUUCGACGAGGACGACGAGCGCCAGUUUCAGUCCGCACUGCGGGCCACCGGCACUGGCACCUCGCCCAGCAAGCAGCCACCUUCGGCGGCGACUACAACGCCAGUGGGGCCGCCCUCAGCUCCACCACCCAACCCACCAGCCACGGCAGCCAACCUGCUGCUGCACUCCACGGAGGCCAAUCAAAUGGCUCCCAGUGUCAUUGGAUCCGGCGUGGCCACGCACCUGGUGGAGGGCUCCCUUGUGGAGGCCUCUCUGGAGGCCACCUCGGAGGAGGUCUCCAUCGACUCGGACACCACGCUCACGCUGAACACCAAGCACGCGGCCAGCAGCCAGCUGAAGUUAAAGAUCAAGAGUCCGCUGGCCUACCCCGAGCACUACACGGCGGCGAUGGCGAACAGUAGCAGUCUGACGCUGUCCAGCACCCUGGUGCAGUCCUCCAAUGCCGUGCAGACAACGGUGUCCACCUCCACGGUGGUGAAUGCCUCGUCCGCGGUCAGCGGCAACUCGCGACGCAUGCGCAAGAAGGAGCUGCUGAGCCUGUACGUGGUCCAGAAGGACAACCUGAACGACGACAGCUCGUGCGGUUUGCCAGCCACCUCGGACAGCCUGCCGCUGGAUAAUCUGCUGCGCAAGUCCGAGGAGGAGGAGGAGCUCUCCUCCUCCGGCUCCAAGAGGUUCAAAAAGAACUCGAGCAACCGCGAGCUACGGGCUCUGGAUGCCAACUCCGUGCUAGGAGAGGAGCAGUUGCUUGGCGGAGCCACGGCGAUGGCGGGAGCAGGUGCAGGAGCCUCCGCCGGCGACGGCAGGAGGCGCAGCGCCUGCAGUUCGGGCAGCAACAAUAACGACAACAACGGCAAGACGGGAGCGGCUAGCAGUGCAGGUAAGCGACGCGGGCGAAGCAAGACACUGGAGAGCAGCGAGGAUGACCACCAGGCGCCCAAGCUCAAGAUCAAGAUCCGGGGGCUCACGGGAACGAACGACUCGCCCUCGGGGCUGCUGAGUAACGCGAGUCACGAGGGCCAGAGCUACAGCUACGAGAUGACGCGACGCGCCUGUCCGCCCAAGAAGCGGCUGACCAGCAACUACAGCACGCCCACGCUGGAGGAGAUCAAGCGGGACUCGAUGAACUACCGCAAGAAGGUGAUGCAGGACUUUGACAAGGGCGAGGACAACCACAAGCGCGAGAGCCUCGUCCGAGAGGAGGAGGAGGAGGAGUCCAUGAUAAUGCCCCCCAUGCCGCCGAGCAAGCGGCCCAAGUCUUCCAAGCCCAAGAAGGACAAAAAGGAGAAGAAGAAGCGUCAGAAGCAGCAGCUGAUCCUGGCCAACAGCAGCUCCACGACAACCACCAUGACCACCACGUUGAUUGAGAACACGGCCAGCGCCAGCGCCUCGCCGGGUGACAAGCCCAAGCUGAUCCUGCGAUUUGGCAAGCGAAAAACGGAGACCAUAGCAGCAUGUGUGGAGCAGCAGCCAGUGGUGGAGGCGACGGCCGCAGCGCCCCUGCGCCUCAAGAUAGCCAGAAACUUGACGGGCGGCGGCUACAUUAUCGGGACAAAGAAGGACGAGCCUCUGGCGGAGACCGCUUCCCCGGUAACAGACCACCUGCCCCUGAUGACGACGCCCUUGGGCGAGACCUCGCCGCAGGGCAGCCUGCUGCUCAACAGCUUUACGCCGCAUUCCCAGAACGCGAAUGCCUCCCCUGCGCUGCUGGGCAAGGACACGGGCACACCGUCGCCGCCCUGCCUGGUAAUUGACUCCAGCAAGAGUGCCGAUGUCCACGAUUCGACCUCUCUGCCCGAGGGCGGCGGCCACGGUGUGCCUGUGUCGUCCCUUGUGGGCGCCACAACGCCGCUGUGCGUCAACGUGGGCAACUACGAGAAUAGCAACAACUCACUGCCCUCGGCCAGUGGCACCGGAUCCGCGUCCAGCAACUCCUGCAACAGCAACUCGAACAACAACAAUAACAACAAUAAUAGCAGCAACAACAAUAGCAGUGGCAGCGGAAGCGGAGGAGGCCCUGGAGCCGCCGGUGGCGGCGGAGGAGGCGGUUUACUUCCAUUGAAAAAAGACUGUGAGGUUAGAUGAUAAUCAUAGUAAGCGAGUUGGCGCGUUUCCUUCCCAUCCCUAUCCUUUAGAUAUCCUGGCUCCUUGAUAGAACAAAGAUCAGUCCGAAUUGAGGUUUAAUUUGUACAGUUAGCUCGUAAGGUCCUCUCCCGCCCCUGCUCCUCGCACUUGUCUCUUUUAUCUGUCCGUCACUGGUUUGUUAUGAAGAUUGCUGCAUCGGCGUAAACGCAAGAUAUUACCCAUAUAUACCCUUAAAAUAUAUAUUUAUAUAUAUAUAUUUGAUUAAUUAACUCCAAAAACAAAGUAAAGUAAAGCUAAAUUGUAAAUUUUUAGUGGAAGCAUCCUCCGUACGUUUAAGGUCUUUGUAAAUUACUGUAUUAAAGAACAGCAGGAAAAGUCGAACCUAACGAUCCAAAAAUGCUCUUGGUUUAGGUCGCCCAUAAGUCCUUCCACGCCCCCCCUCCUCCACUCACUAAGGGAUGAUCGAUGAAAGCCAGCAUAUAGAAAUGUACUAUUUAUUAAUAAUUAUUUAAUAAUGCGUAAAGUAAUCGCUAUAUCUACGUAUAUAUAUAUAUAUAGAUAUAUAUAUUAGCAAAAACUGUUAAAUGCGUGCAAAAGAGUAACGACAAUUUCAACAAUUGUAGCGAUAGUCAUUAAUUGUAGUUCUUAGCGAAAAUCAAAGUCGGUAGUGGCCGCAAUCUAAGUGCAUAUAAAGCUCCCCCCGUUCCCCCCUACCUAUAGAGAGAUGAACAAGAAAUUAAAAGAAAUAUUUGUAUUUUAGAUGUAAGCGUAACAGCAGCGUAUCGAAAAGCUCCAUAAAAUGAAUGAAGUUUCAA